AUGGACAAGCCUACCAUCAGUAAUCGGGAGGUGAAGAAACAUGUGCGUCUGCAGGACAGAAGGGGUUCGAAUGUGUCCCUGGUGCUGGACAUGAGUUCUCUGAACAACACAGAACCCAUUCUAUCAGUCUCUACUCCAAGGGAUGUCACAGUGCAGCUCCUGAAAUCAGCGAGUCAUGUUCUUACUCAGGAGAUGCUCCAGCAGAGGUGCUGGAAUUUAGAGGCGCUUCAAGAGGAGUUUGCGAAAAUCCCUUCAAACUUUGCCAGUUCAGAAGAGCUGGACAUUCCAGGACGAGCAGCAAAGGACAGAUACAAAUCCAUCCUACCAAAUCCCCAGAGUCGUGUCUACCUCAAGAGUGCUGACAACCAAGAAGAGGAGAGCUACAUAAAUGCAAACUACAUUCGGGGUUACGAUGGGCAGGAGAAAGUCUACAUUGCCACUCAAGGGCCCAUGCUAAAUACAGUUAAUGAUUUCUGGAUGAUGGUGUGGCAGGAACAGGUUCCUGUUAUAGUUAUGCUCACCAAACUCAAAGAAGAGAAAGAGAAAUGUAUCUGUUACUGGCCUGAAACAGAGGCAACCUAUGGGUCAUUCAUGAUCACUGUGCAAGACACGUGCGAGUGUGAAGAAUACACCAUCCGAGAUAUUGGCCUGCAGCUCAAAGAUGAAUGUCGCAUAGUGAAGCACAUCGUAUUCUCAUCCUGGCCAGACCAGAAGACGCCAGAAUCAGUCAAGACUUUCUUGAACUUGGUUUUGGAGGCAGAAAAGAUUCUGCGGGCUUCAGAGAACACAGGACCUGUUGUUGUGCACUGUAGUGCAGGAAUUGGUCGGACAGGCUGCUUUAUUGCUACACAUAUUGGAUGCCAGCAGCUGAAGGACAAAGAAGAGGUGGACAUUUUGGGCAUAGUAUGCCAACUACGCAUAGACAGAGGUGGAAUGAUACAGACCAGUGAACAAUACCAGUUCCUCCAUCAUACACUGGCCACGUAUGCCUCACAGCUUCAUUAGCAGACUGACUGUAUUAGCAUGGAAAAUUGGCUGCUACUAGACACUUGGAUUGAUGGAUAAUUUUCCUGACUUUGUAAGACCAACAACAGUCACAUGCAGAAAACUAUAAUGUAUAUUUUAACCCUCUGGGGUAUAAACCGGUCUUGAGAAGACCUGUCACACUGCUGGCUGCAUAUAACUGGACAGUGUUCUAUCAGGAAGCAGACUUUCAAUUCAGGUUUUGUUGGGAUUUUCUUGUUUUUUUGCUUUGCAGUUCUGAACAAUUUAUGUAAUCACAAAUUUGAUGUCAUGUUCCUGGAAAAGGGUUUUUUUUUUUGUCUUCUAUACCAUCCAAGUGACAUGACUGGUAAACAAGUUCACUAACAGAAAACUAUUAAAAUAUG